AUGCGCGCUUCCGUGCUAGCCAGUCUGGUGCUCUACGCGGGCCUGUCGCUAGCCUGCGGCGGCCACGACGAUGACAGGCAAUGGACCAAGGAGGAGUUGCAGGAGCUCGAGGACAAAUGGGGAUACGAUUGGGCCUUUUCCGGCAUUGGCACCUUUGCCCAUCUCGACCACGUCAAGUGCCUGACGAACCCGGCUGAGCGCUUCGACAUUGCCAUUGUCGGCGUUCCAUUUGACACGGCCGUUUCCUACCGACCAGGCGCCCGAUUCGGCCCUCGCUUUAUCCGCGGCGCCUCCGGCCGGCAGAUCGGCUACCGGAGCUACAACCCGCGCGCCCACGUCAACCCGUACCAGAACUGGGCGCGCAUCGUCGACUGCGGCGACAUCCCCGUAACGCCGUACGACAACGCCAUCGCGCGCGAGCAGAUGACGCAGGGCCUGCGGGAGCUCGGCCGGCGCCGCACCGUGUCAUCGGUGAGCGACAAGCCGCGGCUGAUGCUGCUCGGCGGCGACCACAGCCUGACGCUGCCAGCGCUUCGCGCGCUCAAGGAGAUUUACGGGCGGCCGGUGCGGGUUCUCCAUUUUGACGCUCACCUCGACACCUGGGACCCGGCCAAGUACCCCUCGCACUGGGGCGCGACGGAGUUCACGCACGGCUCCAUGUUCUGGAUGGCCAACAAGGAGGGCCUGCUGUCCAACGCGUCGUCCGAGGCGUCCGUGCACGCGGGCCUGCGGACGCGGCUGAGCGGGACGGACCUGGGCGACCACGAGGACGACUCCGGGCAGAACUGGGUCCGGUUCUCGUCGGACGACGUGGACGCGCUGGGGACGCAGGGCAUCGUGGACGGCAUCAUGGCGACGCUGGGCACCGAGGACCCGGUGUACCUGUCGGUGGACAUUGACGUGCUGGACCCGGCGUUCGCGCCGGGCACGGGCACGCCGGAGCCGGGCGGGUGGACGACGCGCGAGCUGAUCCGCGUGCUGCGCGGCGUGGAGGGGCUCAACCUGGUCGGCGCGGACGUAGUGGAGGUGUCGCCGGCGUAUCAGGGGGCGGGGGAGGAGACGGCGCUGGCGGCGGCGCAGGUCGCGUACGAGAUCCUGAGUUCGAUGGUGAAGAGGGGCCUGCAGGGCAUGGCCAAGGAGGGCGAAGCGGCGGCGGCAGAUGUCAAGGACGAGCUGUGA